UUAAAUUCCACCAGUGCCCCCCAGUACCCCCCAGUACCCGCACCAAUCCACAGACCGCGAUAAGAUAGAAUUUUGGUUUGGUUAAGCCUAUCGAAUGGGCGAUAGGUGACAGUCUGUCAGCUGUUUUUGCGCGAUAGCAAAGCAGAAGGAGAAAACAAAAGAGUGCAGUGCAGAAGAGAGAGGAUGAACCGAACCCACUUCAGACAUCAGAAUCAUCACCAUGGCGAACGCCUGCGUGUCCGACAGCGACAGCUUUGUGGUCUACGACUGCGACAUCGGCACGGACGAUGCCUGGGGCCUGGCAAUGCUUCUGCGUGCCGAAGGCCUGCCCAUCGCUGGAAGGAAGAGCUUCAGGGUGACUGCCGUCACCUGUGUCCAGGGCAACACCAGUGUGGAGAACGGCACACUGAACGCCUUCCGAGUGCUAUCCACUUUGGAAAGGCUGGAUGUGCCGGUCUUCAAGGGGUGCGCCGAUCCGAUUGUGCCCCGCACUUGGGCACUUAAGUCCCAGUUCCAUGGCGUGGAUGGCCUGGGCGAUGUGGGCGACUAUCCGGCCGUGAAUGCCGACGACCUUCUGUCGGAAGAGCAUGCGGUGAAUGCCAUGUACCGGCUGGCCUGCCAGCACCCAGGCAAAGUUGACUUCCUGCUGUGCGGGCCCCUCACGAAUUUCGCCUGCUGCAUUAAUUUAUAUGGCGAUGCGUUUCUGGACAAGCUGGGCGGCGUCUAUAUCAUGGGCGGCAACAUUCUGGGCAAGGGAAACGUCACCAAGAGCGCCGAAUUCAACUUCAUGAUGGACCAGGAGGCGGCGCACAUUGUCCUCGAGCGUCUGAAGCGACCCGCUCUGAUCUUGCCCUGGGAGCCCUGCAUCGAUGGCGAACUCGGGAUGACUCUGGACUGGCGGCUCAAUGUUUUGGGCGCUGUCAAGCAUCCGUUUGUUGAGCUCCUCACCCGCGUGGAGAGAUCCAUGCUGGUGCCGCGCGGCUUUCAGAAGUGGGUCAGCUGCGAUGCUCUGCUCACGGCUGCCUAUCUCUUCCCUCAGCAGAUGAUCGCCGAUGAGCGCGAGUACUACGCCACCGUGGAGCUGUGCGGCGUCCACACCCGCGGUCAAAUGGUGCUGGACCAUUUGCGGGGCCGUUGGGUGGAUGCCAUCCAUGGCAAGACCAAGAAUGUUCGCGUUAUCCGUCGACUCAAUGCAGAGCCCUUUCGCACAAUCAUUUCGUAUACGGCUUUCCUACCCCAAGCAGAAAUUGAUAUGGAAAGAUUGUGUAAGGAGGAGGAGCAGCAGCAGCAGCAGUCCUAGAAAGGGACCCAGCACCGAGUGCAGUUCUCGUGCCAAAAUGUCCAGUGUAUGCAGCUCCUUGUUUUGAAUCUAUGUUUUUAUGCUGAAUAAAUUGAUGGCGAGUGUGCCACAGCAGA